AUGACAGAGAACAGCGGACAAAUAAUUCUUGAAGAAACAUCCGACGAGGACUUCAUACCAACUGCAGACGAAUUAGAAGCCUGCGCAAAAAUGCUUGGAAUCGACUUAGAAAAAGAGCCAUAUCUCACGAAACUAGUUCAUGAAUGUUUAACAGCGUCUCUUCCAGAAGCCUGGAAGGCCUGCGUUGACCAGCAAGGAAAUCUCUACUAUUUCAACUUUUCAACCGGUGACUCCUCGUGGGAGCACCCAUGUGAUGCUUUAUAUCGCAGAUUGGCGAUGGAAGAACGGCGGCGGUUGAGCUCAGAAAGCGGUGAUCCGAACGGUCUCGCAACGAAUCCGUCCGAGGCAGGUUCUUCAUCUGAAAAAGAGACUGUCACCGAAACGAGCCUGCACGCGUAUCCACAGGUCCGAUUCCCUCGAGGAACGUUUACGUUGGCCAGCGGCACCACUCUGAGUGGCAGAAGUACAGGCGGCCACUGCGCGAAGGAGACUACGGAAGUGGCGAGCAGAAAGGAGGGUGUUGCUGCAGCUGGAUGCUUCGACUGA